AUGUCUCGCACACAAACCAUUUCUACCCACAGCGUCGAGGUCUCGGCCCAUGCACGGAACAAGAAGAACUCCAUGACCGGCGUGAGCACUACGACCGCCAAGAUCCCUUCACUAACACGCUACCAGGAGGCCUAUCUGCUGCGCACUCGUCUCCAAAAGAUGCCGUACAAGCACAUUGCCGCUCAUCUCAACAAGACUGAGCUGGCCUGCCGCCUGCACUACCAUCAGCUUUCGCAUGGGAGCAGCCGCCGCAAGCGCGCCGCCUCGAGCUCUUCUGGAUCCGAUCAGUCUCCCGUCAUGCCCAGCCUGACGCCAAGUCCCAACUAUGAUCGCAUCUCACGAUCCAUCUCGCCUGCACGCCACAUGGACGGACGCUUCGCCAUGACGCCGCCUCCGCAGAUCAGCGAUGUCCAGCUCCCCGGCAUCAUGGCCAACGGCUGCUCGCCCCGCGUACCCACCAUUCUGCCCAAGCCGGCCUCGAUGGGCAUCAAUUCGCGUGCUAGCUCGCCUCUUGGGUACCCUCCAUGCAUGCCUGAGCCGCACACGCAGAUGCCCCCAGUCUCGUUUCGCCGCGAGAACUCGCUGCCCACUGCGCCGUCGUCGCUCCGUAUGGACCACAGCCUCCCCCUGCCGUCAACUUGCAUACACUCACCGGCCCACGUGGACCUCAACCGCCUUCAUUCCGUCUACGCUGCCCACCGCGACAAGUUUUGGGAUCUUGUCGCCACAGAGUAUGGCUGUUCUCUGGCCCCUGCUACGCUCGAAAAGGCGUGGAAGAGCGGUCGUUGCUGCAGCCCGGCAUAUGGACCGCCAGCUAGCCCCAAGGAAGAGCCCAAGAUGGGUCCAAGCGUGGCCAUGGCUUCGCGUGACAAGACUAGAAUAUCGUCGCUCAUCUCUGCCGACUAG